AUGGAGUGGUUAACGAGCGCCGAGGGCCUGAAUGCCCGUGAGGAGCUGGAGGCGUCCGUUCGUGAGCACCACCCUAACUUGCGUGAUGAGGAGGUCGUCCUCAUUGUGGACGGUCGACUACUACGCAUGGUUCGGGAGCGCGCGGCAGAGCAAGCAUCUACGAGCAGCCAGCAAGGAGGAACUGGUGAAGGAGGAGCUGGGCACGAGGCUCCAACUGCCGUAGGCAUUGGAGGAGGAGCUGUUGCUCCGACCAUUGACACGGGAAUGAUCGGGACGAGCUACGGUCAAUUCAAGUUUGGAGUAGAGCAUAUCUCCGUGACGCCGCUGCUGGAGGGAAGGCACGACCUCACCGCGUGGGUCAGCGCCAUCCGACCUCAGCUCCAAUGCGCUGAUUUGUGGCAGUUUUGCAACGGGACAGCACCAAGCCCGGCCCCGAACAACCCCUUCCAACGAAGGGAGGCCCGCACCAUCCGAGCGGAGCUGCUGACCAUUGGACAGGAGGUCCACAUGGCCACGUUUGCCGCUCACGUGCUGAAGGGUCUGCCACCGGAGUACGGCUUUCUUCGCCGCAAGCUCGACAUUUCCAGCCCUGACAUGACGGUGGAACGUGUGUGCAGCGAGGUGUUGAUGGAGGAGCACACUCUCUCCAUUGAACACAGUUACAAGCAGAUCACCAGUGAUGCAUCUGCUUUCUCGGGCGCUGUCAACACGGUCGUGGCUACAACGGGGGUCAACGGGAAGGAAGGAAAAGGAGGGAAGGAGCAGACGGACAAGAAGAAGGAUGGCAAGCGGGAGAAGAAGCGAGGCCCCUUCAAGGGGCGCUGCUACAACUGCAAUGAGGAGGGGCACAUGGCUGCCAAGUGCCCCAACAAGAAGAAGGAUGCAACGUCCGCGACAGCCGCGAACGUUGCUGAAGGAGACGGGAAGGGCGUGGCGCUCACCGUCGCGUGUUCGGCUGCAAAGCUGCUGGUCGACGACAAGGACUUGUGGUUCCUUGACUCGGGAUGCUCCCAACACAUGUCCGGCCACAAGGAGUGGUUCACGGUGAUCCGCGAUCCAUCUGCAACGAAAUCCGUCAAAGGGUUUGAUGGUUCAAUGCAGGAAGUCGCCGAUGUUGGUGAGGUUUUGCUGGAGGGCACUAACGGCUUGCACGUGACUCUACAUGAUGUCCUCUUUGUGCCAGGAAUGAAGGCCAACUUGGUCUCCCCUGGGCAGCUCUUGGACAACGGAGCAAAGCUGCAAACCGAGGAAGGUGUCACUCGCAUCAUCGCAUCAGGAGGUCAAGUGGCUGCAACCGCUCGAUACCGCCAUCGCCUUCACUGCCUUGACCUGAAACCGGGGCCAGCAAGGAACGGCUGCAACGGCACGGCGGCUGCAGCGACAUGCAACGAUAUGGCAGCUGGAUCGGCGAGCAACGGCAUAGGGGCUGCAUCGACAUGCAACGGCACGACGGCUGCAACAGCAAGCAACAGCACGGCGAAGGAGAUUGCUGAUGUGGCGUCAAGCAAGCCAGAAGCUAAGGAUGGAGCGGCCAGCCUCAAGGCGUACGCGGUGGGCUCCAAGGCAACGCCCAACCUGUGGCACGCUCGCCUUGGACACGUCCACUUCGAUGCGCCCCACGACCCCGAGAAGAAUCUGCCGCCACCACGGACCGUCAUCGUGGUCCCGGUGCCGUCCGUGCAAGGGGGCAAGCAACCCCUUGAUCGCUCGGUGGGCCCUUUGGGCAGCAAGGCACCUACUGCACCACCUCCUCUCGGUCCUCCCUCCAUUGCUGAUUCGGCGCCCGUGGGACCAGAGGAUGGUUCCCUUGCAGACGGAGGCGACACGGCUGAUCUUGAGGAGGAAGGAGAGGUCGCAGUGGAUGAGCAGCCACCAGUGGCCCAUGCGUACGACAUGGCGUACCUUGCUGAGGACGACUGCGACACGGACAGCGAUGACGAAGUGGAGUACCCGGACGAGGAUGAGGAGGAGGAAGGCGCUUGGGGAGGUGUCAUCCUCGACCUGGCAGCUGCGUUGACCGGACCUGAAGGCAAGGAAUGGAUGCCGGGCAAUUUGCCGACCGAACCAUGA